UCGAGAAAUUGAAAAAGGAAUUCGAGGUUUUUGGAGGCUAAACCCUUCUACUUUGCCGUCAACCUCCGCCAUCCAAUCGCAGACGACGUCCGGCAUCCAGCGCUGCCAUGGCAGCGGACUGACUCGCAUCAACAGCUCGUUUGGUGCUUGGUGGAGACCUUGUUUGUUAAGGUUGAAAGAGUUCAUGGCUUGUUAUCGUAUAUCUCACCAAAAUGUUCACGCCUGUUGGAGGACAUUGUAUUCAAGCUGGAAACCAAAUGGUUUAGUCAGUAAGAGUUUUUUCUGUAAGUUGAGUAGUUUGGGAUGUUCGACGAGGAAAUACUGUUCAUCCAUCCCGUGUAAAAGGGAUUUUCGUGGAGGGCGUAAUAGCUUGAAUUCUGGAGUUUGUAGUGUUGUGCGCCCUUUCUCUUCUACUGCUAUCAGUACAUCUGCUCAAACUGCAGAAGCAAUUGACGAGAGUACAAUAUUGAAUUCUGCUACAAGUGACGAUGUGCAGACAACCAUGACUCCGUCAAAUGGCAGAGUAAUGCUUAUAGAUGGCACUUCAAUCAUAUAUAGAGCAUAUUACAAACUUCUUGCAAGAUUGCACCAUGGUCAUCUUUCACAUGCUGAUGGAAAUGGAGAUUGGGUCCUCACUAUUUUCAGGGCAUUGUCUCUG